UCAUCAUCCCCAUUGCCUGUGCCGUUUGACAAUACGCCAGCCUCCGCCUUCCAGAGCCAGGGCUCAACCGACUCCUGCUCCAGCUUCAUAUCGGGUCUCCUCUCAAAUCCCACCUUCAAGAGCUGCUACCCGCUCUCUAUGAUGCUGCAGACAUCGACUGGUCUCUUUCAAGCCGAAAAGUCGCUUCUCAGCAUUGUCCGGGUGCUCGACGCAACCUGCCAAGCUGACUCAGCUUCAUGUGCUACCUUUCUCAACCAAGCUGCGACGAACCUCACCCAGAGUAACAAUUGCAAGACGGAGCUUGCACAGAAUCAGACUUUAGUCCUGCAAGCGUACCACGGGUUGCUAGCCUACAAGACCAUCUAUGCGGCAACUUGUCUCCAGGAUCCGACCUCGAGCCAGUAUUGUUUUGCCAACGCUGUCACCAACCUCAACACGCCCUCGGAUGCCUACCUCUACUUUUUACCAUACGGCUUGGCCCUACCUGGCAGCUCUAACCCCUCCUGCAGCUGGUGCACUCAGAAGACGAUGGACAUCUACUUUUCUGCCUCUGCAGACCGCAGCCAAUCUGUUGCCAAUGUUUACGUGGAUGCUGCACGCCAAGUCAAUACUUUGUGCGGUCCGAAUUAUGUCAACGGCACUCUCCCGCCGGCCUCAUCAGAAGCCCUCGCU